AUGGCGCAUUGGUCGCACGUGCUGCUGGUAGCCCUGGCCCUGACGCUUGUGGCGCACGAGGCUGCGGCAAGCAUCGCGGCGGAGGAGAAUGUGCAGGAGGAUGCGCAGGCAUUGAUGCGCAGGCUGCUGGCAUCAGCCCAAAGCGCCGUCCCUGAGGCUUCUGCCGCUGCUCCGGCUGCCGAGGUCGCUGGUGUUGCCCCGGAGACGCCCGUGGUGGUGCUGGGACCCUUCAACAGGACGGAGCUGCUGCUCAACCCCGGCCUGCUGCGUGUCAGGACCAGCGGCUGUGCUCACAUUGUAUCUCAGGGCUUCAGGGCGGCCGUCCCGGACUCCUUUUUGGGCCUGAGCUUGGACGUGAAGGAUGUGGAGGGUGUCGCCAACCCCGACUAUAUUGAGCUGGUCAAGCAGCUGACAUCCUUCCAGACGGGGCCACUGUACAUGCGUGUCGGCGCAUACAGCGCGGACCGCCUGGUGGCGCCCUGGAAUGGCACCGUGUACUUCGCGCUCGCCCGCCUGCACCGCGCGACGGGCGUGAAGUUCAUCAUGGGCGUCAACCAGCACGCAGAGGACGAGGCGGUUACGCAGAUGCAGGUCAAGCGCAGCCAGCAGCUGCUGCCCCCUGGCUCCAUUGUGAGCUUCGCAGUCGGCAACGAGCCCGACAUGUAUAGCCUGGCGGCGGCCAACGGCCUGCCUGGGUCGGACCUGCCCAAGCCUGCUGACUGGCUGGGCAAGAACUGGGUCCCGGUGGCGCGCCGCAUCUACAGGGCAGCCUUCGACGCGGCCGGUGCCAGGCCCAUGCUCGCCGGACCUGACUGGUCAGAUGCUCACCUGUCCCCCAAGACCCUGCAGUGGUGGCUGCGCAGCGUCCGCAAGUCCCUGAACAUGAUCACUGUCCACUACUAUGGCGGUGAGAUCCUGAAGGACACCCAGAUCAGCGAGUUGCUGGACGACGCCAGGAUGGUGUCCAAGAUGUCCAAUGUGCGCGCCCUGGUCAACGUGGGCAAGGAGAGCGGCGGCCUGCCCCUGCGGAUCACAGAGUCUGCCACCAUAAGCUACGGCGGGGUGCAGGGGCUGUCAGACACUGCCGGUGCUGCAAUCUGGGCGCUGGAUGUUGCUCUUGAGCUGGCUUAUGCUGGGGCAAGCGGCAUCCACUUCCACCAGGUCCUCAACCGCGCCGGCAACGCCAACUACAACGCGAUCGUGUACGACGCAAACACCAGCACCGUCUACGCGCGGCCGCCGCUCUACGGCUACCUCAUGCUGCAGCAGUCCCUGGCCGGCGGCGCAGACAUUGUCGGCCGCUCGGUGUCCCCUUCGGGCUGCAAGGUCUGGCUGCUCAAGGGCCGCGGCGACGGGUCCCUGCGCGCCGUCGUUAUCAACAAGUCGGGGCAGGGCAGCGAGUGCGCGGCGGACGUGCAGCUGGACGCCGCGCAGGCGCGGCGGUACAGCGACCAGGCGGCUGCGGAGUACAUCCACGCGCCCGGCGGGCUGGACGAGCGGUGGAGGGUGUUCUACUCGAACUGGUACUACGAUGUGCAGGGCAGCGCGCGGCUGCGCGAGGCGAAGACGGUGCCGCUGCAGCGGUACAGCAAGCGCGACAGGCGCGGCCACGUCAGGGGGGCCGGCUUCGUCGCCCACCUGACCAACGGCACCCUGGCCGCGCUGGUCAACAUUCCGCUGGCCUCACCCGCGGAGCAGCAGGCGUUUGACGCCUACGAGGCGGCCCUCGUGGCGGCCGAGGUCCGGGAGCCCGGGGCACGCACGUCGCUGUGA